AUGGACGGAGACGCCUUCCGCAUGGUGUCUUCGAUGGUCGAGAAAACAAACCGGCUGGUAACUCAGUUUAAGGUUCUGAAGAAACAAGUCUUUAUGUUUCGUGAAUCAACAAAUCCUUUUUCGGAAGGCGCGAAUGGGGGUCACAGUACAUCGACGUCAUCCAGCCAUCCACCCAACCGGGUGGCAGACACCAACGGCCGGAGAAAACGGGCACGUCGGGAGACCAAUGAUUCAGAGCUCGAGAGUGAAAGUACGGAUCAAGUGAAACAAGCCGUCAUUCGAACGCAAAAACGCAAGCGACUUGAUGUGGCUAUUCCCGGCGCAGACGAGGAUGUCCGGCAUGCUACGCCGAUAUCCGCCGAGACAGAGGACAUCUCAGAGGAGGUCCAACGGCGGCUGGAAAUCAAGGAGGAACAGCGACGGAAGCGCAAUUCAAAGGCAACGAAAGAGAAGAGAAAGCGGGAAAGUCUUGAGUCUAUUGGGAGUACGUCGUCUCGUGCCGGAGUGUCGAAACCUCGCAAGAGGGCCCGGGUUGGGAUGGACAUCGACCAAGACGUUACUGUGCCCUGGGAAGAUCAAGAUCGUGGGAGGAAAUGGCAGGAUGAUAAUACUGACGAUGGGAUGAAGGCUUUAUCCGGGGAGAAACGGGAGGUGAAGCGGCGGAGAUAG